GUAGGCAAGUGGGUCCGACGCUCGCCUCCUGGUUUUCUUUGUCUCCUUCCGCUGCGUUUUUACCCGCCUAAGUUGCCACCUCCAUUUCUUGCUCUCCCUUCCCGCUAACGCAGAAAGAAAAAGGAGCCGUUCCUCUUGCCAUCUGUCAUCUCGUGAUUCCGAGGAUGAUAAAAAAGAAGCCUCGCUUUGUGUCGCCUCGCCUUUCCCCUCUCGCCGUCUCCUUUUCUCUCUCAUGACACUUCUGCUCCCGCGAUGUCAUCCCCUCUCCGCAACGGCGACACCCCCCCUCCCCGCCUCCCCUCUCCCGCCGUCGGCCGCCACCACUUCCACUCCACCGUCUCGGAGAAGAAGAUCCGCCGCCUCAACGCCCUCAUCCUCCUCCUCCGCCUCGCUGCCUUCUGCUUCUCCCUCGCCGCCGCCAUCUUCAUGGCCACCAACUCCUCCCGCUCCCCCGGCUCCCACUCCUGGCUCCACUUUCACCCCUUCAGGCUUGUGCUCGCGUCGAACGCCAUCGUGGCGGUCUAUUCCUUCUUCGAAAUGGUGUCUUCCAUCUGGGAGAUUCUGAAGGGUGUCACCCUCUUCCCCGAGCCCCUCCAGCUCUGGUUCGACUUCUCCCACGACCAGGUGUUCGCGUACUUGCUGCUGGCAGCGGAGGCGGCGGCGACGGUGGAGGCCCAGGGACUGAAGGGGGCCCACACGUGCUCGCCGGAGAGCGCGUUCUGCGUGCAGGCAUACAUCUCCGUGGCUCUCGGCUUCGCCGGAUUUGCGUUUCUCGCUCUCGCCGCGCUCGGAUCAGGCUUCCGCGUAGCCUGCUACGUAAUCACCGGCUCUCGCUUCCACCUCUAGACCGAAUAGGCCGAGAGAAGUUUCCCUGUUGCUUUUGUUUUUCUACUUUAAUAAAUAAUAAUUUUUGUAGAGUUUUUGUCCGAGUCCUUCCCGUCCAUCGUGCGGUUUGUGAUCGAUCCUUCGUCUGAAAGAUCAAGCGUCCGCGAAUCAUGGAUGCGUUUUCUAAAGUCAUUCGUCGUCAUCAUUCUGAUUCCUUUUAAAAAGAAUUACGGUUUCGCUUCCG